AUGGAAAAUUAUAAUUUCUCUGCUUUAUCUAUAUCCAUAUAAACAGACACCUAAUCCUCUGAAUCAGAUUAAUAAUUUAGCAGUCCUUUAAGAUCAGAGAAAACUAACUUUUUAGAUUUAGAAAAUGAAAAGCAAAAUAAUGACUCCGCCCAUUAAUCACAAGUUGAAGUUUCUAUCUAAAAGGAUUGUUAAGAGAAGGUGGCUCAGACUUCAGAAUAGAAAUCAAAUAGCAUAUGUGAAUCUCAAAUUAAAUAGACCAAGGCGUCAUAGAAUAAAAAGAGAUUAGUAAAGAGAUGUUAAACCACAGUUUUGAUUGGAUAAUCAAUACAUAAGCACAAUACUUAAAAGGCAGAUAAAUACUUCGUGAAAAAAAACAACUAAAUUAUUGAGACUUCAUUUGAAAGAAUAAAAAUCAAGAGAUCCAAUUUUUCUGGAAUGUUUCUUACAAAUUUAAGGUAAUAGUAGAAACCAAUUCAGGUUCGUUAUUUUCGAUCUACAAUCACGAAAGUCCUGGUGAUUGACUAAGACAUGCUGGCUGCAGAAUUUAUUGUUUUAGCUUUAGCAUAGUUCCAAAAUGAUAGCAAAUUAGAUUAAUCUUUGUAUGAAUUUCCAAAUUACAGUUUAGCUUAUUAAAUUGAGGGGUAGGAUGAUUAGUAGGAUUUGGAUGAAAUCUCAUAUCGUAGACCAAUCUAAAGAUACAAAAGUUUUGGCUCUCUGGAAGACAUGAUGAAAUCAAGAAGAGAAAGUUUAAAUUAAAUAGAUUUUGAUUAGAAACCAAUUUCAUAGGCUGAAAUUUCAUUAUUAGCUGAUGAUAUUGAUGACAAAAUUAUUUAAAUUGAUUUAGAAUCUCCAAUGCGUUAUUAUAAAUCUGUUGAUAUUGUACCAAUAUUAGAUCCGAAAUAGUUAGAUAUUGAUUUGCAGAUGGUAAAGAUGUUGCAUCAAUAUCAUCCAAAUCAUAUACUUAUUCUUAUUGAGGAACCUAUCAGUCAAGUCAGAUUUCAUAUGAAAAUCUGCCCGAAUUAAUUGGUUGAAGAAUUAUUUACAGAAUUAAGUAGAAAAGCAAAUAAGAAAUUUAGAAGUGCCGAUUAUAAUCUCGUAUUAAAAUAUCCUUGUAUUCACAUGAGUACGGAACCAAUUAAUUUAAAGAUACCUAUAAGUAAAUUACCAAUACAUUAUUUGAUACUCAUUUAAAAAUUUCAAACUGAAGUCACUCGUUCAUUAAGAUAAUGCAACGAUAGCUUUACAAUGAAUAUCAAUAAAGAUACUAUCUUCUCAAAAAGUGCAAAUAAAUCAUAGAGAUUUUUGCAAGAGGAAGGCAAAACAUCUGAGAGCACAGAUAAAGUUCGAACCUUAUAUUCGUAUUAAGAGUAUUAAUUAUUAAAAAUUGAUAAAUAAUUUAAAAAUAAUGUGAUUUUAGGAAUUGAUUAUUUCGAUUUGUAUUAUACUUACACCUAAGAGAGACAAAGAUAAUUUACUCUUGGAAAGCUUUGUAAAUCAAUUUCUCAAAUUUUAUUUGAAGAGCCAGAGAUUGCCUUUAAAUAAAAUAUAAAAAGUUGA